UCUAAGUUGGAGUUUGAGCUUAAUGAAAAUGAAAAUGGGUACUCUGAAUGAAGCAUACCAAGAACACCCUCUUACCCUUGAUGAAAUCAUCCCCAUAGAUUUUUCUUCUUCCUCGAGUUUACCCGAUUCCCACAUAUGGUCUGAACCCAUUGCUGCUGAUUUCUCAUCCAACGAUCCUGCAGCAUCACCCAUGCCCACCAUAGACCUCAUGGAUCCCAAUGCCAACAAACUCAUAAUCCUUGCAUGUCAGAACUGGGGUGGCUUCCAUUUGAAGAACCAUGGAAUACCCUUAUCUGUCAUUCAAGGCACUGAACAAGAACUCGAACGCCUCUUCUCUCUCCCACUCCAACAAAAGAUGCAGGCUCUCAGAUCCACCGAUGGUGCCACUGGAUAUGGCAUCCCAAGGAUUUCACCUUUCUUCUCCAAGUUCAUGUGGCACGAAGGUUUCACCAUCGUCGGGUCUUCCUAUGACGAUGUGAAAAAGAUAUGGCCCAAUGAUUAUCAACCAUUCUGUGACGCAAUGGAGAAGUAUCAGAAGGAAAUGAACAGUUUAGCGGAGAGUCUAACAGAAAUGGUGUUCGAUGUGUUGGGGAUUUCGGAGGAAAAAAGGAAGUGGAUGGGUACAAGCGACGUGAGUUCGGCUCUGCAGAUGAAUUACUACCCGAGUUGUCCCGAACCGGACCGAGCCAUGGGUUUGGCUCCUCACACCGACACUUCGAUCUUCACCAUUGUUCAUGUUACAGAAAGUGGUCUUCAACUGUUCAAGGAAGGAAAGUGGAUCCGGGUGCAGCCUCCGCCGAACACUCUCCUUGUUCACGGCGGCGAUAUUCUGCACAUGAUGUCCAAUGGACGGUUCUGCAGCCCUCUUCACCGCGUGGCGGCGACUGAGUGCAAGAAACGUUACUCCAUUGCUUAUUUCUAUGCUCCACCCACAGAUUAUGUGGUGUCUCCGACGGUGGCCGGGGACGAUGAUGUUGCUCGUUUUCGUGAUGUCACUGUGAUGGAGUACAUUGGGAUCAAGGCUGACAAAUUUGGAGAGUCACUCUCUGUCGUUAGCAUUUGAAAUUUUCUCCAUUUAUCUUUAUCAACCUGCAUGUUGUAGCUCUUUGGUUACACUAAUAAAAAGUUUGGUAAUAGCAACAUGCUUGUCCCUUACCAUGGAAUAUUCCAAAAUAAAUGAAAUUU